ACGAUGCAAUACACGCUCUCUGAUAGGUGGAGGCGAUGAUGGCUCGGUCGAGACUUGGGCUUCGAGCCGCCAGGCGGCGGUAGUGUACGAGGACGCCCGUGAGGAAGAUGGCGGACAGGAACGAGGAAGCCGCGUGCGCCGAGAAACAGUACGCGCAACGAUAAAACUUGGCUCGUGAGUGACUUGGUGCGUGCGUGCGAGUCAUUCCCCGAGCACGGUGGCCGAGCACGGGGUCGCGUCGAUCGUGCCGUAACGUGUCGCGCGAUCUCGGGCGGUCGGGAUCCGCGCGCGGACGCCGUCUCUCCCUUUCUCUCUUUCGCGCCGCGCCGGUCGACGAUGUGAGGCGUUUCAACGAGCGCGAGGUAAAACACCGCGAGGGGGGCGUGGGGAGAGAGGGGAGGGAGGGUGCUCCAGCUUGGCGAACGGAACGGUCGACCUGCUGCGGCGGCAACUCCUCCGAUUCUUCCUCGGCCCCGACGCGAGGCCUUCGAUCGACGUCAAACAUGCGGCGGCGAAUUUUCCACGCGAGCGACUCGACGACGAAGACGACGACAAAGAAGUCGAAGAAGAAGGCGGCAACGACAAAUCGACGACGGCGCGUCACGAUCGUGCUCCAGUGAGAAUACACAACACACACACAUACACGCACACACGCACCGGUGCGCGGUAGCCGAUGAGCGCGGAUAUAUGGCGGCGCGAGUACUCUUGCUGAGCGUCUUGAUUACGGAAGUGCUGAAGCCCGCUUGUGCCGCAGGUGUUAAAGGUAUCGGGGGGAAUGUCAGUGGCAGGAACGUAUCUAAACUAGAUGGUUCCGACGCUGGUAAAGGAUUAACAUUGGAAAUUCAACCUAGCGGCCAUGUGAUACUUGGGAAAAAGGGUAUUACGCUCAAUUGCGUAGCUGGCUCGAAUGAGAAUAUACUUUGGUUGCACAAUGGAAUGCCAGCACCUCCGUGUGGUCUUACGCGCUGUGUUCUUCUUCCGAAUGGCUCUCUUCACUUUUACAAGAAACAAAAUUUACAAAUGCAAAAGUUCAAAGAAAAGGAAAGGAAUAGUAUUGUUAACGCUAGAAACGAUAAUAAAGAUGAGUAUCGCUGUGUAGCACGUACCAGUUUGGGAGGAUUGAUACGUUCAGCUCCUACAUUUAUUCAAAUAGCAGAACUUGCCCAUGUAUUCAAAGAAUCUCCUGAAAAUAUUAUUGUUCGAGAGGGCGAAGUUGCAAGAUUAUCUUGCUUGAUCGACAGUGUUCCUUUCCCACCCAAUAUUACAUGGCAGCAUAAUGAGACAUUGUUAUCCUAUGAUAAUGAAUCAAAGUAUUCUGUGGUACCACCAGGUGUUCUGUAUAUAAAUGCAACGAAACUGUCAGAUGCUGGCUCAUAUAGGUGCAUAGUCACUAAUGAAUUUUUAAAGAAAGCUAGAAAGAGCAGAGAAGCAAAACUAACGGUUAUCUCGAGGGUGGAGGGUGACAAGCCGCGUACAACAACAUCGAUCUUAUUUCCACAAGUUUCGUACAAUCAUUGGCUGCUUAACGGAUCGAGUCUUAAUCUGGCAUGUGCCGCAUCCGGUUAUCCGUUACCAUUCAUUACGUGGUCAUUUAUUCCUCGUUACAUAGAUAAUGUUACGCAACCUCGCAUCCUUCUUAAUUCUACCGGCAUUGGCAUACUGUCGUUGAGGAACGUGAGCAUCUCCAAUGCCGGUAUCUAUCUGUGUUCCGCGAAGAAUUCUGUCACCCACGAGUUUGAAGUACAGAAUAUUACUGUAGACGUAGUGAUACCACCAUCAUUUAUAAAAACGCCGACGAACCAAGUCUGCCCGAACGGGAGAACUGCGAGAUUCGAGUGUCAGGCGCAAGGACUACCCGUACCUCGGAUCUACUGGCUAAAAGACUCGUUGAACAUUACUAACAACGGUCGCAGAACAACUUACGUUAAGGAAUACAAUAAAAUAGAACUAGCGAUAUCAGCAACGGUGCCGUCUGACUCCGGCGUGUAUCAGUGCGUGGCGGUGAAUUCGGCGGGUGAAAUUUGGGCCGCUGGCCGGCUCCAAGUGAACACGUCGCGCAACAGUCCCGCCACACCCAGCUCACUAAAAUGUCACGCUGUUUCGCCAGUUAAGAUCUUGAUUUCGUGGGAACCACCAAAGUCUCUACCAUAUACCAGUAUUACAGCUUAUACCGUCCAUUAUAGUCCCGUAGAAGGUGGCAAGGAGGAAGUUUCCCCACCGGAACCAGGCAACUCCACGUCUGUAGAAGUGACGGAACUUCUCGAGCCGUUUACAAAUUAUUCGUUUUACGUACGCGUGUGGAAUAAUUAUGGUGCUAGCGAUCAGUCGGCUACCAUCCAGUGUUCCACAGCUCCAAGUGUUCCUAAAAGCGCACCAAAAAUGAACGUGGAUGUAACCAGUAGUACAAAACUAAAUGUAUCGUGGGAGCCUUUGAGCAAGAAGGAAUCUCGCGGCAUCGUGGUAGAAUACAAAUUACAAUGGAGACUCCAUCAGCACUCGUAUUCGCAAGUACUUUAUUUGCCCGCCACCAUCGAGCAUUACAUACUUUCCGAUUUAAUACCUGCAGCGCAGUACGAUCUUCGGGUAUUGGCACGAACGAAGCAGGGUUGGCCCAACAUCAGCGAAACGCAGUUGGAUUGGACUACUGUGACCAUGCCGCCUUCCGAAUCUCAAUUUACCAUAAGGAAUAUCGUGGACAUCCAAAUAUUAAUUGUGAACGCUUCGGUGGUUAAGAUGAAAUGGAAGAUCAACUUGGAGCAAAACGAUCAGAUUGAAUCAAAAUUCGAUUCCUGGAAGGUCUACUACAAAAAUCAAUAUGGUGAGGAAUCAAAACCUAUUUUUCUACCACAAAACGCCACCGAAUGGCUCUUUGAUACUCUAGAUAUGAACGUCUCUUACACGAUGGUUUUGUGCAUGAUGAGUUCGGACCAAGUAACAGAUUGCUUGACGAAACACAUACAAACUGCGCAAUCCGAUCCUAAUACUGUACCAAUGUCUUUGGAAGCCAUCCCUGCCUCAUCCACGUCGAUUAACUUAACGUGGACAUUGUCCGACGCGCAUGGUGCGGGUUCGUUUGAGCUGUGUUAUCAUGCGGUGCAUAUGCAACUUUCCGACGGUUCCAAGUGUUUCAUUAUAGACGAUACGAGAGCGAACGUGGACAAGCUGAAGCCUUUCACCCUAUAUCAGUUUAAAGUGAGAGCCAUUAGGCACGACGCGAAUCAAACGAGCCUUUACAGCGAGUCUAUAGAAUGUUACACGAACGAGGAUGUUCCUGGCAAGGUCGAGGAGGUGCAAUGGUUCUUGGACAACAAUACAAAGGUACAAAUCGCGUGGAAGGAGCCGAGCAACGUGAACGGCGUCAUACAAAGUUACUUCGUCGCGUACACCAUGGACCUGAUGGAAUCGACGGCGGCAUGGAGGAACGUGACCGUGCCCGGCAACAGGACGUUGACGGCUCUGCCGGGUUUAGCGCCGGGAAAACAGUAUUUCGUUGUGGUGCGGGCGGCUACGAAAGCCGGUUACGGGAAACCGUCGAAUCCUAUUAGGAUCAUUACCGGCGGCGGUAGUGGUGCUGUUGGUGGUGGUGCUGCUACUGGUGGUGCGUCGAAAGUACCUGUCUCGCCUGGUAAGCAGAAACCACCGCAGAACGCCAAACCCAAUAAGAUGGGUGUGAUUAUCGGAUUGAGCAUAAGCUUCGCGUUCAUCGCGAUAUGCCUGUGCAGUAUAUACUGCCGACGCAAGUUUGAGAAGUCUCGGCUGUCGAGAAAUAACGCCCAGUCUGCGAAGGGAUGUGCGUUGUCGCGAAAUGGUAACGGAUGCUGCGUGGAGCGAUCUUCCACGUCUAUGGGUCAACAACAGGCGAGCGUCGCCAGUGCUUCGAACGAGAUUGAGCUGGCUGUGCUGUGCCCGUCGUCACCGAUUGAAACGAACCCGCAUUCCGACGCCAAGGGUGCACAGUCCAAUGGGGUAUUUGAGAUUUGUGCAAAGGAGCCCUUGCUGUCGCCGUGGGAGAUAAACGGAGACUCGAAGGACGUUCACAUUAUGGAGAAUCCUCAGUACAAAAGGAGAGGCAGUUCCGCCUCGCGUAAUCAACGGGUAGACGAGGAGGAGGAAGAAGAGGAGCAAGAUUUAGAAGGUACGCAGCUCACAAUGGUCAAUUGUACUUUAGGCAGUAGCGCUAGCAGUUUAAAUAACAAUUCAGGAUGUCCGGAUGGCGAGACUUCGUCGUCACCAAAAGCCGCGCACGUGUCUGCUCCGGCGCUCGGACCAAAUGGGUGAAGGUGCGUUAAGGCAAUAUGCUACCGUGUUCAUGCUUCUCGCAGUAUCGAGGUACAAUAGGUAGGAUUAUAUACGAUUAUCCUGCCAUUUCCCUCUCUACGAUGAAUCCACAUGCGCUGCGUCGAUCGUAGUCUCGUUGCGAAUCGAGAUACGAAAAAACCUGUGAAUUCCGGUGUGCCUCCCGCGCCUGGAAGCAAAAGCAAUGCAAAACUGCACAACAACCUCGCGGAGUCCGACGCGAUUUAGCUUGCUGCAAUAGACUGGGAUACUCUCCGAUGCACGAUCGAUGUAAAUAGGAACACAACUGGCCACAGUGACUCGUGGUUGAAUUCGUGUAUGUACAGGUGUUGAAUUUAAGAUGUUUGACAGAGAGUGACAGACGCGUAAACUCUUUUGCAGAGAUAAAAUGUUUCCGAGAUUAUUGCGAGAUAAAACUAAGGCCAUGCAGAGGCGAAUGUGAGCCACUUUCAGUUUCAGUAUUUUUCAAAAUCAUUUAACGCUGAUGUUGAAGCAUAGAUUGUCCGUUGAAAACUGCUCACUUUGUCACUCUCUGUCAAUCGUUAAAGAUAAUCGAUGUUUCUCAUUCAGUACGCGAGUCACAUAAAUCAAGCCGUCAAAAUUGAGAGAUGCGCGAGUAUAAUGAAUUUAAUGCAGAAUGAAACAGUACAUUUCCAGUACUCCUGUGUACAUAAGAUGUACAUGAAACAGGAUAAUUGUUGAUUUUGAGUAUGUCCAUAAGACACUUUGAAUACUGAUAGUAAGAGAUUCGCGAAUGGGUGUGCACAUACCUUCGCUUUUGGGAACAGAAAAUCAAUGGCUAGGAUUGCUAGGACGCAGGCGGGCUCAGUGGCCUAAAUUCAGUCGGCGAUUUUUCCAUUCUGAUGACACUUUUUGGGACUGACGAUUGCUUAAAACGGAGCAAUGACACUGAUCAUUCCAAAAUAAGUUUUCCAUCGAUAAUGUUUAAGUAUAAAACGGACGUGAAAAGAACUUGUUAGUAUUAAGAAAAACAGGGAAAGGCUCUAACGAGAUGCUAUGCGUUUUAGAAAUAUUAAGAAAAUGUUUUGUCUUGUUUUCUUUCCUUUCUUCUUUUUUCUUUCUUCUUUCAUUUUAUCAUACCGUAUGUGUGUCAUUAAGGUUUUAUUGCGUUUCUGCAAAGACUCGUGUGAUUUCUUGGAGGAAUCAAAGUUAAAUCCUUUUUGCAUUUUUGAAGCUAGCGUACGCAAAUGAAAGAUCAUUCGUUGAGUAGCACCUAAAAUAUUUGACAUAAGUUUGUGUUAGUUUAGAGCGGAUAUACGAUACUUUAAAUUAAAGAAGGAUCCUAUGAAUGGGAAGAAUAAUCGCAGAGUGAACAAACGGCAAGGAAAUAGCAAGGGAAAUAGAUCAUCUCAUUCUCACAAUCAUCCACUUUUACAAGAGAUCUUAAAGACUGGUAUACCAAUAGACACGAUACUCUUUUUAUAAUAAAAUAACGGAGCUAAACUUUUGCGAUAAUAAUCUGCGAUAAACUUAGGGGAAUCUUUCCAUGCUCUUCUCGGAUUUCUUUCCGUUCAUACGAUUAACGCUAAUGUCGUUCUAGGUAAACGAGGUAAUUAGGUAAUCGAUACGAUUAGUACGAUACGAAUUAAGUGGAUGUUUUGUUGUACGAUAUUUAGCGUGUUAACUGAUAAAGCAGUUAUGUAUAUUGCGCGAAAACAGAAAGAGGAAGCAGCACGGGACGAACAGCUACAAGACACAAGAUUCCAGACUGGUGCAUGUUACCAUGACAGAAAAAACCCAACACAGUACCUGAUAGAAUAAGCUAUAUCUUUUAGAGUGAGACGUAGAAAUGUCAAUGUUAUUACUGUACCUCCAUUAUAAUUGUUAUUUAUUACAUUUUACAUUCAGUGCAUACAUUUUUAGAAAUGAACACUCAAUGAUUACACUUGGAUCAUGCAAUAACAUAGUCACCGUGAAGCACAGUACGAGAGCAAGCUAGAGUUAAUUCAGUCUGCACAUAUUAAAAAGACUAUAUAUAUCAUAUCUUCAUUCCAUAGAGUAUUACAUUUCUCGCAUUUUCUCGUAACAGAGAUCCGCUGCAAACCGGUUAGAGUGUACGCGAGUGAAGGCGUUUCAAGAACAUUUUCAUUUUAGUCACGCGAGAUUAGAUAACCGCUGUUAUUACACUAGAGACUCGGACUCGGUGAAGCGUUUAAACGUUCGGUUGAUGCACCAUGAUUUACUUAUUCCGUUUAUCGAACUUCGCGAAUUACGAUAGCUCUAUAUUGUUUACAGAUCAUACAUUCAUACAAUUCCACAAGGUAGAAAGGAUUAUUUUAUUUAUACAUGAUACAUAGAACUUGUUAUAUGUAUUAUAGAUAUAAUUAUGAGAGGACUUUUUUCACACAGAUCAUAUAUAUACGAUAUUGUACCUAUAUACCUUCCUAAGUAAACGAUCCUUAUUUGCAGUUUUUCUUUGUUGCGAAUGUGCAACGCACAUUCAACUUGUGUCUGGCUUUAUUUAUGGAAGAUUUUAUUUAAUUAAUCUGUUUUGCGUUUGUUGUCGUAUAUGUAACAUAAUGCCUGUUACACAUCUCAUAUCAUUUCCACAUUUGUUGAUACCCUCAUACAUGCUUUCCCGUGUACUCUUGUAUUUGUGAUGUCUUGGAGAAGUUUUACGCAGUUCUACACAGCGCGUUGAUGAAAACAUUAAGUUGGCGUGUAUUAACGAGACUAAUUAGGACGCAGAAUCGAUUGUUCCUUGGUUGAUCAUUGCGCGUUGUUAGUAUUAUGCACCAGAAAGGUAUACUCGCACGUUAUUACAUUCUACGUUUCAAAAGAUAUGUCUGUAUGAUAUCUGCGGCAUACAGCGGAGAGCACUUCGAACAAUAAUUUCGACAGAGCCAUUAAUUAUCAAAAGAGAGUAUUCUGACAUCAAAAAAGAGAGAGAGAGAUUGAUCUUAGAGUGGUAUGCGCGGUUGAGUGAUGUAUAAGCAGCAGAAAGUAUAUUAUAAUAAUCAUAGAGUAAUAAUGAUUGCUUUUACGAGCUGUUUUAUUUUCUUGAUCAAUCUUUGACCGGCAGUCGUAUGAAUUUCGCGGAAGAAGUUUGAGUUUACGCUUACCAAAACUCUGUCCUCAUCCUCUUUACAUUAAGUAGCGUAAUUAACUAGACUUCCCUAAACUGUAAUGUGUAUUUUGUACACCGUUCACGUCUAUUUGGCUGCGCCGUUCUUGAUUUUACGUGUCACGUUGUAUUAUGCAGAGGGACACUUCACUAGGAAAAUAGCCGCAGCGGCGAGCAAACGCCAGCAGCAAUCAGCAAUUUAAUUCAAUGAUAAACGCUCCGUACGUACUAUUAAUGUUUUUUAAUAAUUUCUCUCAUGGAUGUGAUAAGUUUUAGAUGUCGUAAACAUAAAUAAGACUAUAGAGUCGCCGUGCCGAGAGGUAUUAAUCGUAUUAACUGUACAAAGUGCCUCGCGUAAAGCGCAACAAGCUAGUCGCCGAAAAGAAACAGUUGAGCAAAUUCAAGCAGAUUCAAGUAGAAAUAUCCAUCGUUGAAUCUCGUAGCUGGCAAAAAUUAUUUUCGACCAAUCGGCAACUCUUGUAACGCUUUAGGUGACGCGUCUCGUAUGUACAAAACAAAAAGAAAAUAACAUUACCUUACAUUACUUUAGUAAUGUAACACACAAAGAGCAAUAAGCAUCAUCGUAGAUAGUAGUGUUGUUCACAUUACUACGAAUGCAAGUGUCAGAAGUGACGUGAUAUCAUAAGAUGUAACACUUAUCACAUUAUGUUCAUUGAUCACCGAUUACCAUAAUUUACCGAGCUAGACACGAUCAGUAUCGUGGAUUUUAUAAUGAUUGAUCAUCUUUCAUUUAUCCUUCGCUAUCUUAAUUUAGGAACCUACAACAAGGCAGCCAAAGACGAGAGAGACAUGCAUUUUAUCGCCCUUUCAAUCGCAUAGUUUAUAGAUAAAAUUCAUGCAGGAUUAUCUGUCUAAUUUCUUGACAUUCUUUCUACGCAAGAGCACGAUAUAAUUCAUUAGACGAGCUGUAAUCGAACACACCCAGCAGCAAAUGUCGACUGUAUUGUAACGGCGGCUCUAGUCGAACAAAUAUACCUCCGUAAUAAUCACUCUACAUCCCGAGAGUGAUUUACAUUACUUAAUUUUAACUUAACUUUGGUACCUAUUAGACUAUUGUUCACUUUUAUGCAGUUUACCUCAAAGAAUAUAUUUUCACGCCCGGUGAAUACGUACAGACGCGUGUAUACAUUAUAUUACAUAUAUAUACACACACACAUAUAGAUAUAUAUAUAUAUAUAUCUCAAUAAUUUUAUUCAUUUAUGCUAUAUAUUAUAUCGUUAAUUAUAAUAAUUAUUACAUAUUAAGAAGACUUUAUUAACUUAUUUUUCGUAAGUUCCCACAUCUCAACCCUUUUUUAUUUCGACGAUUAUUGACGUUCUUAGGGUGCAGUUACUUUGUACAUACUCUUCAUCUACGAUUGUACAUAUAAAUAUAUUACCUGCGAAGAACAUUGAAGAAUAUUCUUUGCGAAGAAUAUUCUUUUAAUAUAUUACACGUAUAAUGAAACUACAUGAAAUAUUAUAAUCUUAUUGUUUGAACUAUUAAGACUAAAUACAGGAAAUAUUUAAUAAUA